AUGCAAGAUCUACGUGGAGCAAGCUUACAAACUCCUAUACCAAGGCCAUCAAGAAAAGUACGGCAGGACGAACGAGAUUUAGAGAGGCAGCUGAGAGAAAUGCGGCAACGCGAAGAAAAUUUGCAAAGACAGUUGAGGGAGUUACAGCAAAACUCGCAAAGACAGCAGCAACGCGAAGGAAACCUGCAAAUCCAGCUGAGGGAGACACAGCAACGUGAAGAAAACUCACAAAGGCAGCUGAGGGAGAUGCGGCAGCGAUUUGAAAACUCCCAACAACGGGUUUCCACCUUGGAAAGGCAGCUGAGAGACAAAGACCGGGAAGUAAAUGAACUUGUGUUAAGUCUUUCGUUGGCCCAGCAAACAAUAAGUGAACAGCAACAACAGGAAUCAUGCGAUUGGGUCAUUUCCCGCGAUGAAAUUCAAAUGACCAAUAAAUGCCUUGGCAGGGGAGGCUGGGGAAGUGUUUAUGAAGGCUUGUAUUGUGGCUGUACUGUAGCAGUGAAGCAAAUUCAUGAUCUGAUUCUUUCCCCUCAUAAUAUUCGUCUUUUUGAGAGAGAAAUGAAUAUUGCAUCCAAGUGCCGCCAUCCUCACCUGCUUCAGUUUAUCGGCGCCACUAAUGAUGAGGGAAACCCUCUGUUUGUGACGGAGCUGAUGGAGAAAAGUCUGCGAGCUCUGUUAGAACAGCGGCAACUCUCCGAGAUAGAAAUACGUGUCAUUCUUCUGGAUGUAGCCCGAGCAAUCAACUACCUUCAUCAGAAGAAACCAGAGCCCAUCAUUCACCGGGAUGUGAGCAGUGCUAAUGUGUUGCUAUGGCGACAGGGUGAUCAGUGGAGAGGGAAAGUGUCAGAUUAUGGCACUGCUAAUUUCAUGCAGCAGACCAUGACAAAGGGUCCUGGAGCCGCGAUUUACAGCGCUCCUGAGGCAUGGACACCAAACCAAACGGUGAAGGUGAGUUUUCUUGAAUUUAGAGCUUUUCUGAUUCAUCACUGUUUCAUCAACACGUUUUAGAUUUAAAAGAAACGCGUUGGUGCAUUGAUGUUGAGCGCGUAGGAUUUUAAGGCCUGUUUGGUCGUUGACUCACACAAAAGAAACUGUACUACACUAUGUCCUUCUUCACCUUGGUGUAAAAUUGGAAGUAGCAAAUUGAUGCUGAUCUGUUUAGCUUUGUGUAGAUUUCAGAUUCAUCUCUGCAUUCCUGCAUGCUUAAUGAGCAGUUAAUUCACACCCGAGGUACAUGCAGUUAAUAGUUACUAGCAGCUCAGUUUUCUUGAAUCGGUGUAAAUGUCUUAAAAUGAAUUUUAUCCAUUUAAAGAUUUUUCAAUCUGAUCGAAUACAGAGAGGUUAUCGUUAAAAAUUCAGGUCUAAUCACACAUACAGGAAUGCAGAUUUGAAUUUGAUACUGGUUGCGUAGUUACAAAAAAAGGGAUUGAUCUAAAAUGACCUAAAAAUUUGCUACAGCGGUAUCUAAAAUAAUUAUUAAAAGAUGUCUCAAAUAACCUUAAAAUUUUAAACUAAUACAGGCAAUAGGAAUGUAAUUUCGCUGACUGCGCAUGUGGUUUCGAAAGAGUUCUUCUAUUAAAAUAUGUUUGUAACAUGUUUCCUGAAGAAUGCAACAAAGUUACGUUGACACACAACACAACUGGAUUAGCAUGACACGUAAGCCUCCUAGUCACGCGGCGCGGAGAUGAUGGCGCAAUAAAAUGCCAGUUUGCCUGACAAAUCAGUUGCCAUUAGGUCUCACGGCGCACUUGUUCUACAUCAAUCAAACCUCCAAACCAUCAGGUCCAAUUUUAGCAGCUUACAUAUAAUAUUCAUGUCGAAAUUUUUUUUAGAUUCUGGUCUCAUGUGUAAUACAUUCGACAGGUAAACUCAAGAUUUUUGCGCCAUCAGCUCUACUCCAAUCAAACCUGCGAUGCUGGGCGAACUUUUUUUCUUCGUGUCAUCAUCUCCGCACCGCGUGACAAGAAGACUUACGUCACACACUAAUCCUGCUCUUUGUCAACGUAAAGUUUAUAUUGAGUUCUUUAUUAGGAAACCUUCAACGGUAUAACUAAGAAGUAGGUGAGACCGAGAAGUGUCCACAAUGAGCAUGAACUUUCAGGAAGUUUCAAUUGUUUCGAAACCACUUGCGAGGUCAGUAAAAAAAAUUAAAACUUAAAAAUGUGUUUAUCGUUCAUAGGUUGAUGUUUAUAGCUUUGGUGUUCUUCUUUGUGAAAUGUGCGUCCGGGAACUUCCAGAUCCUAGAAGGCGUGAACAGCAAGUUCUGCUCAUGACGAACCAUGUGUUGAGGGGCCUGGUGCGGCGAUGCCUGCAGACAGAUCCUGAAGCGAGACCAACCAUGCAGAGGAUAAUCGAUGAACUGUCAAGAUCUGUGUAA